UAGGGUUCGCUUGUCGUCGCUGGGUGAAUUCAGGAAACAUUUUAUCUGUCCUGCCGUAAAGAUGAAGUGUCUGUUUUCUGUCGGGGGACUCAGUUUUUUCUGUUUUGUGCUGCUCAGCCCGGUUUCUGCGAAGAAUUCAGAAGAUAUCCGCUGUAAAUGCAUCUGUCCACCAUACAGAGAUGUCGAUGGGCAGAUCUACAAACAAAAUGUGUCUCUCAAAGACUGCAACUGCCUCCACGUGGUCGAACCAAUGCCGGUGGAUGGGAAAGAUGUUGAGGCCUACUGUUUGCGCUGCGAGUGUAAAUAUGAAGAGAGGAGCUCGGGGACCAUUAAGGUUACCAUCAUAAUGUACCUGUCCAUUUUGGGCCUGCUGCUGCUCUACAUGGUUUAUCUGACUCUACUGGAACCCAUGUUGAAAAGACGGCUGUUUGGACACUCGCAGCUUAUCCAGAGCGAAGACGAAGUUGGGUCCCGACCCAACAUGCUGAACAAGGUGGAGCACGCUCAGCAGCGCUGGAGGAGGCAGGUCCAGGAGCAGAGGAAGUCUGUGUUUGACCGCCAUGUUGUCCUCAGCUAAAAGGCUCUCGGUCCUGGGUGCAGGAUGGAAGGAAAGAAAACAGGAAAAAGCCUCACUGUGACAAAGUCUUGAGUUUAAACUGUUUUCUCUGGUUUUUUGUUUUUUUUAAUGUUCAACAAUUUUUCGAUGACGAGAUGAAGCCGUUACUGAGAGCUCCUAUAUUGUCUGCAGGCAGCAAAAGAAACUAGAGAAUUUGUUUCUGCACAGACGCUCUAAUGAACUUGAAAGAAAAGCUCAACACUCUUCAGCUAAUAAAUUCACGCCGAUCAGUUGAAACCAGUCCAGUCAUUAACGCUACACUGGUUUUCAGAAACAAAUGUCCAUCGGUGCUGGUUUGGAUCAAAAACAGUAUUUUCACUCCAAAACACAAACACUAUAAAAACUACAGAAAAUGUGUGAAAUAUCAGAGUCGUG